AUGACUAUGACCGACUCCGAUAAAUCAGUUGACAAGAGCAUGGUACUGUCAGAUGAGACUGGCGAUGUUGAGAAGUACGGCUCCGAUAGCGUCGCCUCCAAAGACGAGGCCGCUGAAGAUGAGAGCAAUUUUCCCAGCGGUAUAGCCUUAUGGUCUAUCCUAGGUCCUGUUACAAUUGCCUACUUUCUCGUCUUCCUCGAUAUGUGUGUUGUGUCGACCGCAACGCCUGCCAUCACACAGCGAUUCAACUCUCUCGUUGACGUUGGCUGGUAUGGUGGCGCAUAUCAGCUCGGUAGCUCUGCCCUCCAGCCGCUCACUGGAAAAAUCUACAGUCACUUUAACAUCAAGUGGUCGUUCCUCGUGUUCUUCUUUAUCUUCGAGCUCGGAUCUGUCAUCUGUGGAGCUGCCGUCUCGUCGCCCAUGUUCAUUGUUGGCAGAGCCAUUGCCGGUGCUGGAUCUUCGGGUAUUGGAAACGGUGCCAUGACAAUUAUCUCUGUUAUACUUCCGCGCAGAAAGCAAGCCCAGUUUCUAGGCAUGAACAUGGGUAUCGGCCAGCUAGGUAUCGCCUUGGGUCCCAUCCUUGGCGGUGCAUUCACCCAGAAUGUUACGUGGCGUUGGUGCUUCUACAUCAACCUUCCCAUUGGCGGCGCUCUGGCCAUUCUGCUCUUCCUCUUCAAGAUCCCCGAGCCAACCACCAAACUACCCGCCAGAAAAGUCCUCGGCACGGCCAUCAAGUCUCUGGAUCUUCCAGGCUUUAUGCUCAUCAGUCCUGCCGCGGUCAUGUUCUUGCUUGCUUUGCAGUACGGCGGUACCGUACACCCGUGGGGUAGCUCCGUUGUUAUCGGCCUUCUGGUUGGCGCCGGUGUUACCUUCAUCCUCUUCCUUGUCUGGGAAUACCGCCAAGGAGACGGUGCAAUGUUACCGUUUGCCAUGAUUAAAAAGCGCACUGUGUGGUCUGCUGCGGGUAACUUGUUCUUCCUUCUCGGUGCUAUUUUGGUGGCCGAGUACUACCUCGCCAUUUACUUCCAAACUGUGCUCCAUAAUAGUCCUAUCAUGAGUGGUGUGCAUAUGCUGCCAGCGACUCUAUGCUUGGUCUUUUUCACUAUGCUCUCGGGAAUGAUGACCGAGAUCUUAGGAUACUACCUACCCUGGAACCUGGGAGGAAGCGCCUUGACCGCCAUUGGCUAUGGCCUGAUGUCUCUGAUUAAACCCAAGACUACAUCCUCAAAGUGGCUUGGAUACCAGGUCCUCUAUGGUGUUGGCAGUGGUGCAAUGACCUCAGCGCCCUAUAUCGCCAUCCAAAAUCUUGUCCCCCCUCCGCAAAUCCCCAUUGCCAUGGCUAUCAUCAUCUUCUGUCAAAAUAUGGGCGGUGCCGUCUUCCUCAUUGUCGCCAAUUCCAUCUUCACAAACGGCCUACGCGCAGAGCUCCAGAAGCACAUCGCCGAGAUUGGCGUCAACCCGGACAUCCUCAUCAGUACCGGACUCAACUCAAUCCGAAGCCUUGUUUCGGGUGAUAAGCUUGCGCUUGCGCUCGAGUGCUAUACCACGGCAAUUAGCCAUGUCAUGUAUCUCGGUAUUGGAGUUAGUGUAGCCACGUUUGCCUUUGGUUGGGGCCUGGGCUGGGUUGAUAUCCGGAAGGUGAAGAAACUGCAGGCCAUUCAAGCAGAUGCUCCGGCCGCGAAGACCGAGGACGUGGAAUCCACUGAAAAGCCGAUCGCGGUAUAA